AAAUGGCUGCAGAAGCUUGGUCUUGACCCGAUGGUUUCAGCGCUCUCUUCGGACACUCCGCACUUAUUCCUGGAAAUAUGCGCUGUUGUUUUAAAACACAUCUCUGGAUUUCUAAACGCAACUGCAGCCAGACUACUCGCUACAUCGUUCGCUAUCUUUAAUUUUGCACUUUACUGAAGCAGCUCGCAUCGUAUAAUCUUAUGACAGCCAACCAGACAGUAGCAGCUUCAAACUGCCCUCUUCUUUAUUUUGCACCGUAACGUUACGUUAGAUCAAAGCUAAUACUGAUGGCAAAUGUUUGUCACUGUACUUUACAAACUGCCUCGCCUUUUUGAUGUGACGUUAUUUUGUUCUAUAUUUUGAUCGUGUUUGAUGGUGUAUAUGUCAUGCAUUUUAUUUCAAUCAUGCACGCAUCUGUAAUCUUCAUCAGAGCCAAAAGCUCCAAAUCUGCAUAAAUAUUUUAUAACAAACGUUUUUCAUCUUCAGUUUGAAUUUUGCGUUUCUUUUCAUUCUGCUGCCUUUUUCUGGAGACAUUUCAGAAGCUCAGCUGCUCGUUCAGUACAGUGUUACUUUGUUUUACGGGUACUUUCGUGGGGUAAAAAGGCCUUUUUGUACCACUGUACAUGCAACACUUUUUUUUAACGAAAGCUGCCAAAGCUCGACUUGUGAUCAAAAAGUGCCAGACUCUUUAAAACCUUAUCCCAGUGUCCCUUCAGGCCACAUUCUGACCUUGUAUCUGCCUGUAACCUCUGCCACUACCACCAGCAAUGGCGAAUGUAGCCAUUGUAAUGCCCUACAACAGCAGUUACCUCCAUUACAGCAGCUCAGUCCUCGAUAUGUGCCAAGAGAGUUUCCGCCACGCUUCAGACAGCAGGAGCAGAGGCAGCUACUGAAGAAGGGUCAACCUUUACCUAUUGGCGCACAUAACACAAACUCUGCUUGCUCUCCUCCAGAGACAGCCACCAGCAAACAGCUCACGGGACUUCAUAAUUAAAGUGACCUGGGAGCGCAGCAUGAGAAUUGUUAUUGGAGCAUCACAGUCACCAAAGGCAGAAGUGGGAACAUAAAGUGAUUAUUAACAACAUAGAAACUUGGCACUCCAUUACAUACAGCAAGAGCCAGCAAACACCAGAAUGCAUCUUGGACACUAAACGCACACCAGAGGUUGUUAGCAACAGUAGCAGCACUAUUAUGGCUACAGGAGCUAGCCCAGAGGGUCAUUACCCAAUAAGCAAAGCUAGCGUUAAUCUCUCUUCUAGCAUGGUGUCUGGUCAUGGAGGCCCUACCAGGGGGUGGGCCUCAGAAGGAAAGACUGACUUGUCCAUGGGUAGUAGAGGGCAGUCCAGCUGGGGUGCCUCAAAUCUAAACCUAAACCCCAGUGCUAACCCUGCUGCUUGGCCAGCUCUUGGACAUGAAGGACCUGGGGUUGGGUCUGGACCUAGUAGCAUGGUUUGCUCAAAUCCUCCUUCACUUAGUAUGUGUGGCCAAGGAGGAGUGGCACCACCUCAUGGCACCAGUGGAAAUGGUAACAUUGGUUGUGUCAAUGAAAACCUUGUAGGGGACUGUGCAUGGGGCAACCCAGAUGUCCCAGAACAACAUCAGUCACCCACAAAUGUAUCCUUCAAAAUGAAACCUCCUAUCCUUAAAACUGAUGGACCAAAUAACACUAAUGCAGAGCCAAUGAGUCCAGUGAACAGCUGGAGAGGAAACCUCAGCCAGUCACCAACUGAGCCUGCCAGCAAGGAUGGAACUGCGUUCUGGGGCAGCGGAAAUGCCAAAAAUGGAGAAUCAAAGGACUCAGGGUGGGAUUCUGUGGGUGUCUCUUCCUGGGGUCAGGGAGGAGCUAGCAGAGGUAGUCGUGGCUGGGGUGACUGGAGUAAACAGCCAAGCACUGAAGGUACAGAAUGGGAUGCUAAUGAUGCUCCUUCCCAGGAACAUAUGAGUUCAUGGGGUCCUGAUACUCCAGCAAGUGAGGGCAGCAGGGAUAGCAGUGAGGGCCACCCAAGGAAAAGAGAAAGAUCCUCAAGUGCUGAUUUGGUCCCUUUGCUUCCAAGGCUGGACUUGGAUCCACGUGUUCUUAGCAACUCAGGCUGGGGGCAGACUCCAGUUCAUCAACACACUGUUUGGGAAAUGGAAGCAAGUACAGACAAAAAAAAUGAUGUAGGGACUGAGGACUGGAGGUCUUCCUCCAACACAGUGUCAACUGGACCUCCACCACCUCCUCCUGGAUGUGCCAGUUCUAACAUCAGUCCACCUCCUAGAAUGGACACAAGCAAGAGUGAGGGACAUUGCAGAGGCAUAACAAAUACAGGCUGGGAAGGAUCAGUCUCUGCUCAGUCUAACAGUGGAUGGGGAGAGCCUUCAGCAAAUAAAAAGGUUUCCAAUGGAUCAGGGAGUAAUUGGGGUGAUCCUAAUCCUGUGGCUCCCAACAUUAGUUGCUGUAAUGGCCAGUCUUGGGCUUCUGAAGAAAAAUCUAGCUGGAAUGAUUGUACUUCUCAGAAGAAAACACAAAAUUGGGGUGAUGGACCCAAAUCUUCCUCGGGUUGGGGAAGAAGUGGUUGUGCGAAUAGUGGGGAGUGGAGUGAAUCUUCAGAAAUACAGAAUAGAUCUGGAAGUUCAUCUUGGGAACCCGAAAGCAGAAACUGUAAAGAAACUCAUAGAGGCUGGACUAAAGCAUCACCAGCACAGGGUAGUUGUUGGGGUGACGCUCACCAUUCCAAUGGUUCAACCCAAGGAUGGGGUGGGAAACUUCAGGAAUCCAUGUGUGGCAACAAUGGAUCUGGAGGCAUAGGAUCAUGGGGUGGCCCUAAUUCUGUCAAACAGAGUAACUCUGGCUGGUCAUCAAGAUGCCGCCAGGAAACAGGAGAUGAUUCCACAGGCUGGCAAGAACCUUCUCCUUCUUCUGUUCGUCGCAAAAUGGAUAUUGAUGAUGGGACAUCCACUUGGGGUGACCCCAGUGCUUACAGCAAGAGUGUGAAUAUGUGGGACAGGAAUCACUCCCAGAAUCAUCCAGGAACAAACAACGGUGGUAACAGUAAUAACCUCACUGGGCCAAACAGCGUUAAUCAUCCUCAAAGGCAAGGACCCACACAGAACCAUGUCAGUGGAAGCAACAACAAUGGCUCACCCAGUCAAGGUGAAUGUCCUCUCAACAGGAUUUCCAUGGUGAACCCAGGCUGGGGAGAGAUCCCUAAAGUUCAGCCAAAUACAGAGCCCUCUUCAUGGAGCGAGACAGCCAGCUCAAGUUCCUCUGUGGACAAUGGUACUUCAGCUUGGGGCCAAUCUUCUAGGGUCUGUGGGGGAUGGAGUGAAGGUAGCCAUGAUUCAAGUGGGUCUUAUGGCAGAGGAAAUGCACCUGCUGUAUCAAGCCCCUGUCAGGAAGGUCCCAAACCUAUGCAAGAUGGCUGGGGAUCUGGCGUGGAAGAGAUGGGCAUGAACACCAGUCAAUGGAAUGCUGAUGAUGGUGACAUGUGGAACAGUCCCAUAUCCCAAGACUCCACCUGCAACUCCUGGGGUCAAUCCAAAAAGGGCCCACAAAGGGGCAAGGUCUCUAACAAGCAGGAUGGUGUUUGGAUCAUGAACAGGCUUAUCAAGCAACUUACAGAUAUGGGUUUUCCGAAGGAUCCCGCAGAAGAAGCCUUGAAGAGUAACAACAUGAAUUUGGAUCAGGCCAUGAGCGCUUUGUUGGAGAAAAAAAAUGAACUGGACAAACGGGGGAUGGGCACUUCAGACUACAGUAAUGGAUUAAAUAAGUCCAUAGUGUGCCGACCCACAAACCUCUCUAAAGACACUUCACUGGAUCACUCCCCCUUCCUGGACAAGGAUGGCAGGCUGUCAGACGAUUCUUCAUCUUCACCCUUUAUGCCUUCUCCUGGUCUCAAGCUCCCACUAGCCAGUAGCAGCCUCCCGAACCAUGGGUUAGGUGGAGUCUCUUCUGGCCUGUCCAUGCAAAACUUGAACAAUAGACAGAUGCAUAAUGGAAUGUUUGGCACUAACGGAGCAGCACAAACUCGGAUAAUGCAGCAGCAGGCCCCGCCCCCUCAGCCACCAGUGCCACCUCUGAGCUCCACCCAGCCUAAUCUGCGGGCUCAAGUGCCUCAGCUUCUCACCCCUCAGGUUCAAGCACAGCUCUUACAGUUUGCGGCAAAAAACAUCGGUCUGAAUCCUGCACUUUUGACCUCACCAAUAAAUCCUCAACAAAUGACCCUGCUGUACCAACUACAACAACUGCAAGUGGCAUAUCAGCGUUUGCAGAUUCAGCAGCAAAUGAUGCAGGCUCAGCGUAAUGUUUCUGGUCCCAUCAAGCAACAAGAGCAGCAGGUUGCACGUACAAUCACAAACAUGCAGCAGCAGAUCCAGCAGCAUCAGCGUCAGCUGGCCCAGGCCCUGCUCAUGAAACAGCAGCAGCCUCCACCUUCCUCUCACACAGGCCUGCACCAAAACCUUGGCAAGGCAAGCCAGGACAGCUUCACAGGUCAUUCUCAGACUUCAGGCUUCUCCUUUUCAGAUCUUCCCACUAAAGAGCUGCAGUGUUCUCCAAACUCCUUUAGAUCUUUUACACUCUCUGGUUUGAACCCGAACAUGAAUGUAAACUGUAUGGAGGUGGGAAGCCUCUCUAUGAAAGACCCUCCUCAGCCUCAGUCCAGACUCUCACAGUGGACUCACCCAAACUCCAUAGAUUCUCUGACAGCAAGCACUCAGCACAUGGAGGCAAACCUCAAUAAACACGGUCCAAUAUCUGCUGCUCAGUCCCAUGUGCCUGCCGGAAAGAGCACUAUGGAAGAUUCCUUCAACCCAUACAAAAUGAUGUCAAGCUCUGAAUCCCCCAGCAACACGUUGGUGUCUCCGGAGAGCUGGACACAGGGCAAAAGUCCCAAUGAGAAAAUUGCAAGUGGCUCCAAUAUUAGCUGGCCUCCAGAGUUCUGCCCUGGAGUGCCAUGGAAAGGUCUGCAGAAUAUUGAUCCUGAGAAUGAUCCUAACAUGACCCCAGGAAGUGUUCCAAAUGGCCCCACCAUUAACACUAACAUACAGGAUGUGAAUCGCUACCUGUUACGUGACCGGACUGGAGCCUCAUCCCCAUCUCAGAGUGGGACUCUGUCUUCCUCGAAUGAUUGGUCAGACAGUGCGUAUAACUCACUGGCUCUUUUCUCUCAGAAUGAGAGGGAUGCUGACAAUACAGGUAAACUCUUGGAAAUGAAGUCUAGCUGGUCCCCUGGACCCAUCUCCCACACACAGGCCUCUUUAUCUCAAGAGUUAUGGAAGGUUUCCCCAGGGACUCGAAACUCCAAUGCUCCUUCUCGCCCCCCUCCAGGACUGACCAACACCAAGCCCUCCUCCACCUGGGGAGGAAAUUCUCUUGGCCUCAGCCAGAGUUGGAACAACUCUUACUCCUCAGAAGGGGGAACUUGGAGCUCUGACAGUUCAAACAGAGGAAGCAGCUGGUUGGUGCUGAGAAACCUCACUCCUCAGAUCGAUGGCUCCACUCUGCGAACUCUGUGCAUGCAGCACGGCCCUCUCAUUACCUUUCACCUGAACCUGACACAGGGAAAUGCUGUCGUACGUUACAGCUCGAAGGAGGAGGCUGCCAAAGCCCAGAAAUCCCUGCACAUGUGUGUGCUGGGUAACACUACUAUCCUGGCAGAGUUUGCCAGCGAGGAGGACGUGAACCGCUUCUUUGCACAGGGCCAGUCCCUUACCCCCACCACCAGCUGGCAGGCCAGCCCAGCACCAGGCUCCAGUCAACCCCGACUGGGCAACCCUACUGCUAGCCACCCCACAGGCCUCUGGAGCGGGGGAGGAGGAGGCACCAAGACAGUCUGCAGUACUGGGAACAGCAGCAGCGGAAAUGGAGGCGACAUGCUCUGGGGUGGUGUGCCACAGUACUCCAGUUUAUGGGCUCCCCCAAACGGAGACGAUGCCAGGGUAAUCGGCAGCCCCAUCCCAAUAAAUACUCUGCUCCCGGGAGACCUGCUGAGUGGAGAGAGCAUGUAGGAUGCAUCAGACAUCAUAAACCAACAAAGUCAAAAGACCCAAUGGAUCAAAUCUCAAGCAAAUCAAUGUGGCGAUAAUCAAUUUUUGUUGAACUCUACCAGAGGUUGAAGGUGAGACGGGCUGCAAACCUCCAACUGCUGUUUAUUUGUCCUGUUUUUUACGUCAGACUGUUGUGUUCGUGGAUCUUCGUGUUCAAAGACUUUGACAAAUAUAAAUCAAUAGAAGCAGAGCUUUUUGAUGCUUUUUUGUUUCCAAAGAUUGUUUUUCUUCAAAAGUGUUGUUCAGGAGAAGCCACCAACGUGGCAGCCAUCUGAAAACGACCCAGGCACAGUGAAACCUCAUGACACCUUUCCCUAUAAUGACACUCUUCUGAUGAUUGGAAUGAUCCUUGUACUUUUUGGUUUGAAUAUCUGCAUCGCUUUUUCAGAACUUAUUAGCCGUAAGUGCUCUCUCUCCAGGUCCUCCUUAAAGUUUUAUUUAAAAAGAACAACAUCAACCAAUUUCCUAAGUUGCACAGUUCUGUUUCUGAGCCAGCAAAUAGCCCAGAGCAAAUGAGCAGUGGCCUGUCAGCAUGACUAAUCACCAAUGAUAUGUUUCGUCUUGAACUCUGUUAGUUAUAAAAGGGAGCUGCACUGCUCUGAUUUCUCACACCCUUUUUAUUUUCUUAUCGUUUAAUACAUGUAUGGUUAAAUAAGCUGAAUGUUAAGCUUCAAUUCAGAUGAAUGAAUGUCAGUGUGUCUGCUGGAACUUGACCAAGCAUCUGUGUGUGAGUACUUCACCACUGUUAAAAACACUCAGUGGAUGCUUUUUAUGAUACCUAAACGACUUGAGUGCUGAUUCAAUCAAACACUAUUCAGUUACUAUGUGGUCAGCCAUUUUUAAUGAGAUGCAACAGAGAAUUCUCACUGAUGCAUUGUGCAAUAGAAGCCAGAGACGCUUUCUUCCGUCCACACUGAAGCUUACUGAAACUGCUUUUUUGUUGUUUUUGCUGAAGACUUUAGCAGAAUUGAAUCUUUGGACUCAUUUUUCCACCUUGCCUUUAUCUGUUUGUCUGCCUUGCUGGCUGUUCACUUGUAAGUUUGUGGAAAGGAGGAAUUGUUAACUGUGUUUGUCAUCACUCCAUGCAGUUUACCACUUGGCAUGUGUGGGAUGCCACAGUCUCCCAGCCACAUCUCUUUACCAAACAGAAAUGGAAUCCAGAGCGGGAGACACAUGGCUCGGAAGUCAGGCACAAUACCAAAUACAAUGCAUUUCUCUUAAUGCAGUACAGAAUAAGAGAUUCUUGCAUUUGGUACAAACAUAAAACACAUGUACAUUUUCUAAGUUACUUCUUAAAGGGGUAUUAGCAAAGCACUUAUUACAAGAGCAGUGCUCCUUCUGAAAGCCAAUAAAUCAGAUAAUGGAGCAUAUUGUUUAAAAAAAUGAAAAGAAACAAAAAAAUAAUAAUCUUGUGGCAACUUUUAACUGUUAACGUUUUUUAUAUAUACACCUUACUGGUAUUCAAAAAGCUCAUUUGUUUGUCAUCCAUCUCUGAUCAAGAAACUUUUCAGACUUCAGAAUUGAGGGAAGAACAAAAACUACAAUCAAAUGAAACUUGCAAUGUAUGUUUUUUUUUUGUGUCUGUAUUUUUUCUACUCUCACUCUAUCCAAAGUGAAUGUCGUUGUUGCUCUAAUACAGUCAAAAGACUUUAUUCUGUCUUGAAGAGGCACUUCAGUUGGAUUGGAUUUGAAAAAGAGGCUGUCAGUGCCUCAGUGUGGAAACUGAUGGAGGAUAUUUGAUUCUCAGUAGCAGAUUCCUCUGUGGAAUGAAGGAAAGGACAUUAACGAUGUGAUGAUAUGAACGGACGAUGAUGUGAUGUUUGCAGUAGUUGCUUAGGUACAGAUCUUCAAAUGUCCCCCGUUCCAUCUGGGAUGACUGCUCUCAUGCAACCUAACCCACUCCCUCCCUCGUGUGGUUUUGCUGGAAUUUAAGACUGAAUGGAAUCGCCAGUGUUGUAUAUUAUGACUAUUUUUUUCCCACACAUUCUGUUGGUCUUCAUUCAGCGGUCUUUAACUGCCUGCAGCGCAUGUGGAUACACUUUAAAUGAGGUGCCUCAGUAUACUUGUCCUGUGUCACGGAUGCAAAUGAAGAUGCUGUGAUGUGGGCAAAUUUUCAUGUUUCAAAUAACUAGUUUUUGUUGUUAACAGUGUUCUUAGAUCAUUUAGAAUAGAAUCAGCUUUUAUUGAUGUGUGUGUGUGACCUCACCCUGGACGUCCCACCUCUAACUCAGCUGCUAACAUCCACUCUUUUGUGUGGCCUCACUGAAGCCAACCCUGUUAUCUAGGAAAAGCUGCCCAUACUUGAAAAGCCCUGUCCAAGCAGUAUUUCUAUGGACAGACUCUUUCUGCCAUUGGCGCUUUAACUACAGCACACGGCAUGCUGUGACUAUGCAAAGUGAGAGAAGAUGGGCAUGUAAUGUCCGCCCUGUGCCAAUCUGUGGCUUUGAAAGGAAGUUUAAAAUUUGUGUAGUCCUCCUGAAAUAUUAUCUUACGUACUCAAGACCAUUGACGUCCUUGUUAAACUUAGGGUGUUUCCUGACACACAGCCAAUUCAUUUCAGGAGGUCUGCGCAUCAAUUGUGCUGAAUCUGAUAGAUCUCGUUCAAUACAAUCUCAGGGCAUGGCAAGAUGAACCAUUUAUGUUUAAUAAAAGUUGAUCAUUUUAAAGAUUUUUCAAUUCCACAUUUAGAUAUGUGUGUACGAAUCUUACAAAACGUACAUGAAAGAAACGCAACAGACUAUUUAUCAAUGGGGGAAAUACAUUUUGGAGGGUGGCUAGUUAGGGUCUUCUCAAUCCUCCUGAACAGGAACUGUUGGCGAGUCGUCAGUAAAUGGGACCUGCGUAUUGUACCUCUCUGCUGCUGCUGCUGCUGCUUGUGAUGAAUGCCCCUCAUGGUCUCAUGUGCCAAUGUAUGCAUAAAUAUAUAGGUACAGUACACUGUGGCAUCGCUGACUUCACAUCUUAAAUUCCAAUGUGUGGUUUCGUUGUAGAGCACUUCUGUUUGGAGGCACUUUGAUGAUUCUUGUGUGUUUGAGGUGGGAUUGGGUUUGAAAAUGGGUGGAGGAUAUGCUGAUUAUUUGUGAUAAUCUUGUUGCUGUCAUUAGAAGAAUAACUAGCUUGGACUUUUAACAGCAUUGGGGGUUCUGGUGUGCUAAUGGCGUACAGAUAAUGAGUAAUCCCUGGUACUUUUUUUUUUUUUGAAUACCAAAAAAAUGAAAUGGCAUUUUAAUAUCUUUUGUAUAAAACAAAAACACGUAAACAAUGAAAAAAAAGAAAAACAUUUCAAAAUGCACAUCUUGCAGAUGAUAUCUCCUGUUUGCUGAUCACAUCCUGAAGGUUGCUGGCAAGCUGGAGUGCCUUUCAAAAAGUUUGUUUGUAAAAAGAACUGUACAUUUGUCAUCUCAAUCUCAGUUCAUUUCACUGUUGCCUGUGUAUGUAACUGCCUUGUUCCAAAUUCAGUCACAGCUGACUGACAGUGAACCACAAUGUGACUGAAAACAUCACAGGAAGUCUCUGGUGACACCAGCAUAGGUAGACUAUGACUACAGUUAACUUUAUCCUCUAUAUUAUCAUGUUUAUUUUGUAGCAAAAAUGCUAUCAGAUCUCCAAAUCCUUCACUUUUAAAACUCCUGGGUAAAAAUUGAUUUGAAAACGAGCAAUAGAGUGUGUCAUCGGUGAGAAUUUGCCUAAAGGAAGAAAGUGAUCAGCGAUUGAUCAAAACCAAACAGUCUUACUGAGAGUGUGGGUUGUGUGUUUGUUAUAAGGACAAAAGACAUCCAUGCAGUAUUUGUGUAUGACUUCAAUCAUUAUGUUGAACCCCAUCAUUCUGAACAACGUUUCUUUCUAGGCAAAGAAUGAAAAAUCAUAAACAUAUCAAAAGAUAGAUCUCCACCAAUACUUGAAUUAAAGCAUGUCAAUUGUAAAAUGUGAAUUUAUUUUUUUUAUAUUUUGUUUGGGUCUGAGACCUUUUAAUGUAUUUUUAACAUGCUCACAAGUAACUUCUCAACAACGAGAAAUAUUUGGAAUGCGUGAGCUUGAGUGCUUUAGUUCAUUUGCUCUCUAAUCACUGAUUGUUGUUGUUGGGUAUCUGCCAGCAAUUAUGAUCCAUUUUGUUUGUUAUACUGCUUUGUGUGUGUGUGUGCGUGAGUAAGUGAGUGCACUGAGUGUCUUUUUCCCUUGCUUGUAUUCAAAAAAGAAAUAAUGCAGGGGAGAUAAUGACAAUUUGUGUGUCAAUGUUUACUCAAGGACUUAUUUCCAUCCUAAUGUAUAAAAACCUGUAAAUUGUAUCCUCAUUGUGUUUUUUUAUUGGGGAAAAAAUACCCACAAAGGUGAUCAUUUAUAUAGUGUUUUAUGUAGCAUUUGCAUCAUUUCAGUUACUUUUUUGGCUCAAUUAAAAUCUAAAAAAAAACAUAGAAACUCAUGAUUACAGUGAGAAAAUUUGUUACUUUUUUAAAGAGCCCAUCAUUUCCAUUCUCUGAAGCUUUAUCUCUCAUUUCAAGUCUUGAAUCUGGAUUUUUUUUUUUUUUUUUUUCCUUUUCAAAUGUCUGAAUUUGCAAAAAGAAGAAAACGACCUACAGACAAUUACAUCAGUUCAAUAACAAGAAAAUGAAGUAUGCUGUUGCUGAACUCUGGGGUUGCUUUAGUGUCGCUUUGUAUUGUUUCUCAUGAAUUCUGUUGUUGUUUUUGUUGUAUGUUGAGCUGAUGCUGAUGUCUUCACGUUUUCCUUUCUGCAAAAGAAUGAUUUUGUCACUGUCUUGCACACUGACAAAAGACUUGGAUAUAUUCUCAGGAAGAUUAGGGGUCCAGAGUUCCAGUUCCAUUGUUAAGAUGUUGAUUAUCAUGACAAUUUAACUAAUUGAUUAACAAAACAGAAAAAAGAUUUAAAAACAACAAUAAAAAAGAUCAACUCUAAGCACUGAAGGUUAUGGAUUUAAAAAAAAAAUGAUGUUUUGAAUUUUAAUCUGUAGCAGAAAUUUACCAAAUAUUAGAUAUUAAAGAACCUAUGCGUUUUAUUUCUUGAAGUAGAGUACUUAUGAGAUGUGUUUGUAUCACUUUACAUGCAAAUAGAAUUUUGUUUACUGGUUAGGUUGUGGAAGGACCUACCACUGUUUGAUUUUUACCUUACCUAAUGUUUCUCAACGAGGUCCAGUGUCAAAUGCUUGUUAUUCCAUUCUCUUGUCUUUUUAUGUUUUGGAAAUUCAGUAGAGGCCUUUAUGCAAAGGCCUGAAAAUUGUAGACACUUAGAACUUUACUUCUACUAGAUUUUCGUACUAGUUUUUGAGUGUGGGUUGAAAAUACUCCAUCUAGGUUUAGACUAAUGUUAAGAUAUUGUGAAAGGAUUUAAAAUCUAUGCACAAGUUUGAGAGGACAGAAUGUCCAGACAUGCUAUUCUUACAAGGAUAUUUGGGGGGCGGGGGGUCAUGCACUUGUUUCUUUGUACAACUUUUAAUUUGAAUCAGCAGAUUCUAGUGUCAUCACCAUGCUCUGCGUUGUUCAAGAAAGGAGCUUCAACAACCAAGCACUGUGGGUUUAUUCCAAUCUGUGACAUUCUAGUGCUAAAAUGGAAUGAUUGGUUGGAUAUGGCAUCUUGUGAACUGUUGCUCUAUUGUUCAGAUAUAAACCAUACGACUGUACUGAGAUUCAACAACUUUUAAAUGUUUUUCCUUACCCUUGAUAGAAUGUGAUUGUUGAGGACACAGAAAAGUCUUUCCAUGUUGUAUGGAGAUUAUUUCAGCCUAUAUUAAUAAACCGCAUUCUUUUCUCUUGAA